GAGUGAUUUAAAACUGAUUAUAAAUCCAUUUGUGCUAGCAGAGGAUUUGCAAAUAAUCAUGAAAAUCACAGCUGUGGAUCCCACAGAGUUCACUGUCAACAAAGAAGUGCUGUUAGCUGGAAUUAUCCAGUGGGUGGCACUAAUACAACAGCUGAAACCUAUCCACACUUUUGGUCUUCAUAUCAGCAUUCGGUAUGUGGAUUAUUCUGUUUCCAUAUGCCAAAUUAAUGAGUGUCAGGUUUUGGUUCACAUUAGCAUAUCAUUGCACAAGUAAGUUAAUCACAGAGUUGAAAAUGUACAGAUGUUGACACCAUGUAUUUACUGCUUCAUCUAAUCACAGUUGCUAAGAAACUCUGCAAGCAAGGAACCAACUUACAAAUUAAUGUAUAAAGAGGAUAGGGCUUAUAUCUUCUUCUUUUACUAAAUACAAUUAUUAAAUUAUCCUAAAACAGCAUAGUUUCUACAUGAAUACUAAAUUUACUUCUCUACUGUCCAUCAACUAAGUGUGUGCGGGCUCUUUAAGAGAACAGGUGUGUUGUUGACAGGUAGUACAGGAACAGGAGGUAGCGACAACCAUACGGAGCCUUGUCACAGCACAAAAUGAAUCUGAGAGAAGGAGGGAGUUGUUUUGACCGGCCUGACUGAAGACAUGAAAAGACCUUUUCUCCUCGUCAGCCUGUCCCUGACAGUUCUUCUCUUUGCCAGUGUACUGGCACAGGACCAGGUGCAGAUCCAGUUCCAGACAGACCCGGUCCUGAUUCAAACUGGCUCUGGAAUAGUGUUCACAGUGCAGACUGUGUCUAAUAUUCUGUCCAUGACAUGGAGAUACCAGGGAGGAGUCACUCUUGGUUUGUGGACUGGUGGAACAGCCACAAUAAACCCAGUGGCCCAGUUCCAGGGUAGAGUCACCAUCACUGCCAACCAGCUUCAGAUCAGCAGUGCCCAGCUCCGAGAUGCGGGGAACUACACAGUGGUGGUGAUCCCCUUUGCUACCACAGGCCUCUCCCCUAACUCCAGAUCAGUACAGCUGAGAGUGUUUGAUGGAGUAAAUGGGAUAAGUCUGUUUGUUCCUUCAGUGGCACUGGAGAAUGGAAAUGUGUCUCUGAGUUGUACAUGGACUGCUGGGACAGAGAUUACAGUCCAGUGGGGCAAAGGAGGUUCAGCCAUCACUGCUGACUCCAGGAUCACCAUCUCAGGUGGCUCUCUGGUCAUGAACCCAGCCUUGCGGGGUGAUGCUGGGGUGUACACAUGUACGGUCUGGAACCCUGUCAGUGCCCAAACUGCUACAAAGAACCUGACUGUCUACUAUGGACCUGACACCCCUGUGGCGACUAUCAACAGCCCAAAAAACUGUGUGGGGUAUGGGAACGUGUUGGUGGGACAGACGGUAACGCUCACCUGUACAUCUAACUCGCAGCCCCCUGCACUCUUCUCAUGGCAAUAUAACGGACAGCCAGUCACAUCUGGCCAGCCGGACAGUGGGGUGCUCAGCCUUCAGACUUCCUCAACCAAACAGAGCGGCCAGUACGUGUGCACGGCUAGAAACAGCAUCACUGGAGGCACAUCGCAGCAGUCUACUGACUUGGCCAUCGUAGAUAUAUGUCUCAAUGGAGGGGAAGUUGCAGGGAUCGUGGUUGGCUGUUUUCUGGCCAUCAUAAUCAUUGUGCUUCUCAUCGUGUUCCUUGUUUUUCUUGUGCGAAGGAGAAGAACACAGCAAAGACAAAGGAAUACUGUGGUUGUUCAGAAGACAAAUCCAAAUCCAAGGCCUAUACCUCAGAAUCCACAACUUAACGGUGGAAGGGAUUUGGACCAAGGUCCUCAACCGCCCCUCCAUACACAUAGCCCAGACCGCUUAUACAGAACCCAGCGUGAAAACAACUCUCACACACAGCCACUGAAUGAGCUGCGUAACUCCAGCACACACCAACACAAUGGCCAAACUCAUACAAAUAGACUCCCAAACAAUGCUAUUCAGAACACUAAUUCAUAUCCGCACAAUGGCUUCGACAACCCAGCUUUUACGCACACUGACGCUCAGAAUGCAAACACACUCUUAAACACAGAGCAGCAGCAAAAUCCUAACAUUCUCAUACAGACCGGCACUGGUCAGGGCGGCACCCAUCCACCAGCGGUUCAAGUCAGCCUUAACACGCUGCCACGCACUACACAGUCAAACAACAAUCCACAAAUGCCCACCAUUCAUGUUAAUCUUAAUUCAUUUUCAACGAGUGACCAACAGGCUCAGCAAGACCGCUCAUUUCCGAUUACUAAUCCAGCCAAUAAUAUCGCUUUACAAAUGCAACACAACCCGACACAUUCAAACCCCACAAUGCAAAGCGGUCAGUCCUAUCCAAAUGUCCCUCAGCUGAAUAAUCUUGUCAGCACAAAUGAUCAAAGUCAGCCAGGACUUAUCCCAACAGGAUAUACGCACUUUAACAAUAACGUCACUUCUCAGAGAAAUGCCAACACGCAGACAUACCAGCAAGACCCAGAGCCUCGUAGGAGGGCUGAUAGGAACUCAAGGAGACAUGAGUCCACUCCAAGCUCCGCUCGUAGGCAGAUGCCUUGGGAUCUCCUCAGAGGGACGCCAACAUACCCUAGCGGUACCCUUCAGAGAACACAGACAGCAUCUGAAUUCACCUCUGACACCAUACACUAUACCUCAGACCACACUGUCCGUCCCCCUUCACGAGAGGCAAGAACACCAAACACAUCUCAGCCUCAGAGUCAAACUGCUUCUCGCAGGAGAACACCACCCAGAUUUGAUCCACCAUCGACGGAUGGAGACACAUGGAGCCAUUCAACUGCACCUCGACGUCUCAGUGCUACUACGGCUACACAGACUGAGCCCUUACACCACACACAGAGAAGCCCACAUACACAAAGGGAAAGUGCUCAGCAAGACAUCAGAGGUAGCCAGAAUGCCCUCAGGCAGGAAACAACUCGCAGCAAUAACCCCCAGGCACUGCCUAUCAUUAGCCAGCAGGCCUCUGCAGGUCACUCUGUUGUGCCACAAAGACCCACAGCACAACAUGGACUAGCUGCACUACAGGGUGCAGAUACAAGAGCUUUGGCUGAUCCUAAUCAUCUUCAGCAGGCGCAUAUGGCUCAGCAGCAAAUAGCAGCACCAGUACACAAACCACAAGGCCUGGGCACACACACACAGCCUGCCAUGGAUGGUGCCAGUCAGCCUCAUCUAGGGGCCACUGCUCCAUCACAUCCUUCUGCCCAGCCUAAUUCCAGUAACCUAACACAGGCUGCGCUUAGAGCCCACACUGAGAGGGCUCAAGUAUUUCAAAAUCGGAGACAACAGACUCAGGCCGCCCUUCAUCAUCCUCGUCCACAACAAGCUCAAGCUCCAGAUGCAGGAGCUCAGCGCCCGCCAACUCCCCCCCCUGUUAUCCCCCUAGCACAGUUUCAAGCCCUCCCCAAGGAUCGAAACCAGCACAAAUCCCCAGCUAGAGGCCCACAGAUGCACAAACGUCACAUACCAGCAGCUCAGCAACACCUACAAGCACAACAGAGGCCUCGCCAUCCCACCACGAUGCCAACCAAUCAUCAUCACCUUCCAGGAAAUGUUCACAUGCAUGUCAACGCACACAGGCAUGGUCAUGUUCAUCCCCGUGGCCAUGGGCAUCCUGCCCACUUCACCCACCCACAGCAGCAACAAGCCCACAGAGGAAGACCAAGAUGAUGACAGAUGUCAGCAGGCUUCACUCUACAACUGUCCCGCAUGCACUGUCACAAACAAACAGCUGACAAACUUGAUCCAAUAUUCCAACAAGCAGGACUGACUGCACAGGGUUCUGCUAAAAAAACAGCUGUCAUACGCUGGUUUGUCAGUCCUAGUCAUUUUUUAUUAUUAUUUUUAUUUUUUACAAAAAAAAAAAGAAAUAAACAUGUCUGCCACAGGGAGAUAAAAUUGAAAGUUUCUGAAAAAAACCCCAUUUUCCUGAAAAGCAGUGACAGUCCUUGAAUUUUUCAUAGCUAAUUGAGCUAAAUGGUGCUUAAAUUACUGAAAUCAAAAUGUUCCUUUGUCAACAUUUCUAAAAGCACACACACCAUGCCCACACAUAUUGCGCUGCUUUGACUUCUGAAGUGCUGGUCAUAUAUCAAAAUUUGCCCACAGCCUGCACAAAAAAGUUCAGUGAUCAAUGGUUUGGGACCAAGUUCGUAGCCUAUCAUCCAUUCAUCAACAGAGCUAAACAACAUUCCUUUGAUAAAUUGCACACGAGGCAGUUGCAUGAAUAUCUGUGAGCACCUGAUUCAAGAGUAACAGACAGCAAGUGAAAAGAGACCCCACACACACGAUGGACCUAGUGGCUGGGAACGGUGACAGUUAUGAAGGAAGAAAUUAGUGGUAGGAGUGGUCUUGAUUCACUUGAAGCGAUUUAUUUUGUGGCUUCUGUUCGCAGAUGCCUCUUAUGACACUUCUCAAUUAAGAGGAUUUGCCUCAGUGCUGCUUGGAAAUAACGCUCAGCUUACUAUGGGGGGAUCCCACAAAUGGAUGGGCGCUUAUUAAUUAAAUGCUUUUAUGUAACUUAAAUGACUUGAAAAAUAAUCACAGUGGUGUAUGAAGGAGGUCAGCACAAAGACUUGAGCUGCUACGCUUUCUGCUUAAAAAAAAGCAGUGGAAGAAUUUACGGGGUCAAAAGCAUGUUAUUACUACUUUUACAGAUUAUGUAUUUAUUGAUUCAUAAUUAUAUUUUUUAAACUGGAGCUCUUUCUUAUGUACAAAGCUGAUGAUAUUCUAUUUUUCUUUUAUUGUCAAAUGUGUAUGUAAAGGUGAAGUGAUCCAAAAAGCUUUGCCACAAAGUUUAAAACAUUUUGAAAUUGGUCUGAUCCUGCUGUAAAUGCAUCUGAAUGCCAAAUAUGUCUACUGAAAUCUACUGAAAAUAGUCCCAAACAAAAGCACUAAUUACUACUGUUUAAGUGACAUAUUUUAACUUUUUAAAUUCUACACAGACAAAGAGCCGAAUCAUCCAUCCAUAAAUAUGAUUAGAAAUAACCUUGAGCUCUACAUUUAAAAAUCAGCACAAACAAACACAAAACACAUCUUGUGGCUCCAGCUAAACACCUGCAGCAUGAGAUUUGCUUAUUUACUGCCAUGAUAACUUAUUUCUCUGGACAACAAUGCUUAACAUGUUCAUAAAGAAGCUGCUAACAGUGUUUAUCUUUGCUCCUUGCAAGGGAUUUGUAUUGUUUGGGGUUUAUGAACCUUUUUCAUAUUGAAUCAAUAAUAAAGAUUUUGGCUUUUUUAUUCUUUA